AUGUUUGACAGGCAUGACGAGCUCUGUCGCUCUUCAAAGAGUUGCUCUCUGAUGACAACACCGAGCACGAUCAUAAAGAAGCAGUUCGAUCGUUCUCAGCUCGGCCUUUCCAUGAUGAUUAUUCUUGCAACAUGCAGUCUCAUUCUGGUUCUUACUCUUCCUAUUGCAUCAUUCGCUCAAGAACUGUGUAGAGGCAAAAUGCCCACAUGGAAACAACGAUUGUGUAGAGAUAAGACAUCUACUUUCCAACCUUCGUGGUGUCGAUUUCAGAAUCCAUUUGCUUCUGUCCCUUUUCUGUUUAGUGAUGGUAGAUUUCCACAGUUGCCUUCUGCUGAGAGUGGUAUUGUUUGUGAAACGUCAGUGAGUGGAGUAUUGAGCAUGUUGAAUGGUACGAUCAUUGGUAGUGGUGGUGAUGGAUCACAUCCUGUAAUAUCACCGAGGGAUAAAUGCAAGUACAUUACCAAAAUUAACACCUUAGAAUUUGAUCGGUUGCCAGAGGGUGAGAAUCGAUAUGUAGUGUUUGGUUUGGUGUCUGGCGAGAUUGUACUUGUAAAUUUCAACAAAGACAAAGCUUUUUUGGCAGGAAAGACAUCUGACAGGAGCACCGUCCAAUUCAUGGAUGCUAUUGCACACAACGGGUCAAAUAUUUUAAUCGCAACAAUUUCAAAGGAGAAUGCAGUUUCUUUGUUUACUGGUGAAAUGACUGGUUCACCUGAUUCGAUCAAUGCAUGCCCUUAUCGUCAGGAGCCCUCACACAUGCAACCUUUAGACGUCAGAUUCACCGUGUAUAUGGGCAAAGUAUAUUUAGGAGUUCUCUAUUACAACCAUCAAGACAGAAAGUUUCGGUUAAGGUUUAACUUGUUAGACGGAUGUGAAAUUUCAAGCACACAAUUUCUUCAAUUUGAUAUUUUGGCUCCUUUCACUUCAAAUUUAAGUUUUAGGCCUUUUUCACAGUCUGGAUUGUUCGGAAACACAUUUACAACUGCAAGCGCACAAAAAUUUAGAUUGUUAUUGCAGUUCACAACAAAGAAGCAUGUUAAAAUUGUUGAAUUUCUACCCCAGAAUUCUAGUAUUUAUUACCAUGUGGACAUGACCCAAGUUGAUUCCAGCUCCUUUUACGUAGCUGCAGAGGAUGAAGAAAUUACAGGUGCAACGAUAGCAAACGAAUUUAUUAGAAGAAUUGAUUUGGAAAAGAGCACUUGUGAAAACAUUGUUGGAAACCCAAGUCAAGGAUUGAAUUUAGUAUUGUCCUUGAAAAAGCCAAACUACUCUCAUUAUUUGAAGGCAAGAAAUUUAUUGGAAUUUGGUGUUUAUGCUUUUUACAAUGAUACUAAUAGAGUGUUUGAUAAUCCAGCUGGACGAGCGAAUACCUCCUUAUGUUCUAUCGUCAAUGGAACUUUUUGGAACAGUGAAACUCAAAAGUGUCAGGAAUCGUUUAAUAUUGAGACCAAGCUUGAGGGAUUUCUUGAAAAUGAGAACGUUUUAGAAAUUCGUUCGCGUUAUUAUGACGUUCCUUCCAACUUUAGUUUCAUUUUGAAUCAGGACCUCACAGAGAUGAUUGAUGUGGAAAAAACAUGUACGAUUGGAGGUGUUAUUAUUCCACAAUGUGAAAAGCUACUGAAUGGAUCGAAUUGUUAUUUUCAAGCACUGAACAAACUUGGGCAGCUAUUCGUUCCACAAUUUUUACAAGAUUACAUGGUCAAUCAAAUAUUUAUUUCAAAAUCAGGAAAGGAAAUUUUGGUGUAUGGUUUGCAACAAGAAUUGUGUUCCAUGAACGCACUUGUGAUGGAGUCUUACAACAAAAUUCGACUUGUAGGCGAAUCUGAAUUUCUAGAAGCUUCUUCCAAUGCCCAACAUUUAUUUGUCACAGUGUGGAGAGAACGAUGGGAAUUACAAUCCCAACAACGGUUUUACAACAUUUGUCAAACACUCAAAUCUAAUCCAGAGGAUCAAUUUCUGAAACCUUUUCAGAGUGCAUGCUCCUCAACUCCUGAGGCCAUACCUGUGAAUUUGAAUCACUUUGGACAGUACACCUCGUCAUGUUUUAGUGGCAUGUCGUGUCCAUCCAUCAGAAAAGUCAUUCUUAAUACAGUUCCGGAAGGUCACUACACAGAACGACCGAAUGCUGUGAAAGAGUGUGAAGUUUCCAAUUUUUGUGUCUCAGGAGUACAGCAACCUUGUCCACCAGGAUUCAUGUGUCCAUUUAAGGGAAUGACUAAACCAAUUGCUUGCUCCUUUGAUACCGUCAACACAGCAUCUGACAUCGAUACAAGAGAAGUUUCCCAAUGGCCAGGUCCAAAGGGAUCCAGUACAUGUGCACGAAAAGGCACUUCAUUCCCUGAACCUUGCCCAAAUGGAACAUUUUGUAUCACUCCGUACUUUCCAGCUCUUCCAAUCUCGCCAGGACUUUAUAUUCAAGAUCAAUCUACGAUCAAGAAGUGUGAAAUUGGAGAUUAUUGUAAUUUAGGAAGAUUUGUCGUGAGUGGUGAGGAUGCCGCUACGAACCAAACUUCUCUUAAGUGUCCUGAACAAACCUAUUGUGAAAAUCCUUCGAUCGUGGAGCCCACUGUGUGCAUACCCACUUCCAAUCUUUCUCUGUACUGCCCACCCGGAACUUCGACACGAAAUUUAUGUGCACCAGGAUUUUAUUGCCCUCGGCCAACUGAGAACGAAUAA